UUUCAAAACAAUCCGCUGUCAUGUGAGGUUCCAAAUCGGCAAGAAACAACUCACGAGAAGAUCUUUCCCCCUCUUGGUGAUUCUAAUUCUAGCAGACCCCAAUGAAAUAGUUCAAUUUUAGCAGGUAAUUACAGUACUCCUUCUUUUGCAGGCGAUGGCACCUUCCGCCGCUAGCGUCCGCCCCGUCGAAGUGUCGGGGCCACCACCACCGACACCAGCAACGGAACCACCUGCCUCGACCUGGGUCCGGGAGAGCAACCUGCACUGGUACCAUCGAUGGGUGAUCCGGGUGCUGCAGGCCGGCCCGAUACCGCGGCACGUCGCGUUCAUUAUGGACGGUAACCGGCGGUACGCCCGGAAAGCGAACAUUGCCAAAGCGGAGGGCCACUCGGCCGGGUUCGAGAAGCUGUCGGAAACGCUCCAGUGGUGCCUGGAGGUGGGCAUCACCGAGGUGACGGUGUACGCGUUCAGCAUCGAAAACUUCAAGCGCACGCAGGAGGAGGUGGACACACUGAUGAAUCUGGCCAGGGACAAAUUCCAGCGCCUGCUGGCCGAGCGGGACAAGCUGCACGAGCGCGGCAUCUGCAUCCGCAUCAUCGGCAACUGGGAUCUGCUCGAGCCGGACAUACGGCGCAGCAUCGCGGAAGCGGUCCUGCUGACGCGCCACAACCGCAAGGCGAUCCUGAACGUGGCGUUCGCGUACACGUCCCGGGACGAGAUCACACAUUCCAUCCGCACCGUCGCGCAGGCGGUCGGCGAUGGGCAGCUCGAGCCGGACGACGUCAGCGAGGAGCUGCUGACCCGAUGCCUCUACACCAAGUAUUCUGCCGAGCCGGAUCUGCUAGUGCGCACGUCCGGCGAAGUGCGGUUAAGCGACUUUCUGCUCUGGCAGUCGGCCACCACCGUGAUGUACUUCACCGAGACGCUGUGGCCCGAGUUCACCAUCUGGCAUCUGCUCGGCGCCGUGUUCUCCUAUCAGCGGGUGCGCUGGCGCAUGGUGGACGUGCGGAAGGCGCUAGACCACUACACCGACGAGGGUGUAGCAUCGGCGUGCGGCAAGCGUGACGAACGCGUCGGCCGCUUUCUCGAGUACGUGGAGCGGGAGGAGGAACAUCACCUGGUGCGGCUGGUGCGGGGGAUGGGUAUAAAGUAGCGCGUGCCGCGCACAACACGCCGUUCUCUCCGCGGGGGUGGCCCGCGGGUGUGUGCGGGGAAUUGUGUAAUAUUUUGUUUUUUUUUUUUCUUUUCACUAGGUGUUACGUUUACAUAAAACAAUGCUAGAACUAUGAAAAUCGCAUAAACACA